AGGAUUUGCAUAGCAUUCAAAUGUAAAUCGAUAAUUCUCAURAUGCUUUUGCUUUCGCUAAAACAAACACAAGAACUUCACACAUUUCAGUGCGUGUAAACGAGGGAAAAGGACACCUGAUUGACGCCUGGAAAGAUGUUCUUCGUCAAUUAAUUAGAGCGAAGUAUUGCAUCAGGAUAUUUUUAAAAGCAGUAGAUGACAAGAGUCGUCGAGGCGUGUAAACGACGUACACCACAAAAGAUCUCAAGAGGAAAGGAUAUKAUUGUUUGGGUAAAACUUUCUGUACGAAUUUAUUUUGGCACACCAUUGUGUUUGAUUGGUCAUGUAGCAAAAUAACCCUCCCAUCUCAUCAAAGACUAAUACUCUUGUCAAUUCUUGGUUAGAGUCUACUUGUGGUUGACAAGAGGUUGUCAAAUGGAAGAUAACGUUAUUUGAUGCAAAUGAGCAGAGAAUGAAGCAAAGCUGAUAGGCAGACACGUGGACAAUCAGCAUAAUGGACAAAAUAUAGGUUUUGAAAGAUACACGGCUGAUUGCCAUCACCUCACAGUGCUUCCGGUAGCCGAAGCAGUAAGGACCAGUGUCCAUUAGGCCAUAGCGAGUGCUCACUAAACGCUAGAAGAGUACCUUUUCUGUAAUUAGUUGUUUUUAGCGUCUCUUAUGUAUGUUUUGAAUCGUUGGAAAUGACAAGAUCUUUGCCAAGAGAACUAUUUGUAUUUGGGUCACAACCUCGAUCUUGUUUACCGAUGAACAAGUAAGGUGUUGGUAAACGACGAUCCUGAGAGGAUUAAGCUAUUAGUGCUAGCAAACUUGAAAGGUUGCCUGCCCGGAGACAACACUUUGCGAAGGAUUGUGUCACGAUCGAUUGAAAUGUUGUGGAGCAUUUCUUACCAUACCUUUCGCAAGAGAAAUUGGUUUCAAAUGUUCUAAAGAACCUUCAUAUAUCUUGAACAAGCAGCAUUCUACGAUUUAUAAUCGAUAUUCACAUAUAAAUCAGUGUCGUCUUACGCCAUAGAAGAAGUCUUCGCACAGUUUUGUUCCUGUGUACUUUUCACUGAACUCGAUUCAGCUCCAGAGCGCCAGAGAGAGAUGUCCAUGACUCCACGAACAUGACGACUAAUGGGAAUUUUUACCGACGAGUGUACGUGGCGAUUGCACUUCUAUCAUCAAUUAAAUCUGAUCUGGCACACGCACUUAUAGUAACAAAGCUGUCCACCAUUUCAACCGUUCUUAGCGGGGAAGUGAAUGUUUCGUUUGGAAUACCUUUACAUCUGGUCAACAAUACGUCACCACGAUCACUAACCCUCUCAGUUAUGGACGCAGAUUUACAACAACGACUUCGUACAUUCAAAGUUGCCAUUAUACGUCAAAACCUUACUGUUAAAUUACCUUGCGACCUGUUCGAUCAUGCAGGCAAAUACAGUAUAACCUACAAAGUCUCUGAAGGCGGACCUGCGGCUACACUGAACGAAACCUUAAACUUAAAAUGGGGAGAUAUCAAGAUAGAAUCUCCACAGAAUCACACAACACUAACACGCUUUGGCUCUAUUUGGAUCUACCAUAAUCGGUCGUGUUUGCCUAAAUCUAGACGAUAUAGAGACAAAGUGAAUCUUUAUUAUUUAAGAGGAAAGCACAAGAUCUUAAUAACACAUCGUAUUGUUCGGAAAGUGAGAAAUGGUAAACAGAGAGGACCACUACAGAGGAUUCGAAUGGGAUUUAGCUGUGACUUGUUUGAUAUUGCUCAAACAUAUUACUUCGAGUACGUUUCUGGAUAUCACAAUCGAUCGUUGUCAAAAAGCCAGCCCGUGAAUGUUAGAUGGAGUAAACACUCUCUCUACACACCAACAAAAACUAUAUUCCCAUGCUCCAACUCGUUUGCAAUAUCAUUUACUGCGCCGGAGUGCCAUAAGACAACCGACAUUAUCAGUGUGUACGAACAGAACUCUGGUCGAUAUAUAUCGCAGAGGCCCGCUCUACCAGGUCACACUGUAGUGUUUUUCCCGUGUACUUUAUUCAAAGAGUACAUUAAAGCAUACUGCUUUCGAUAUCUUAGCAAGACACCAGUUCAAGGCAARGAAAGAAUUCAAGCGUCGCAUUGUGUUUCCACACUUGGUCCUGGAAAGUCUAUCUACGAUGGGUGGAGUUCUUGGUCAUUUUGGAACUUGUGUUCAAAUUCUUGUGGAAGAGGCCGACAGUAUAGAUAUAGAUUCUGCCUAAGCCUGACUACAUCUCAAGACAAAAAGAAAGCCUGUGCUGGGCGAGCUGUGAUGUCGAAGCCGUGCGUUCUAAGGCCUUGCCCAGAAACGAGAAACGCAUGCGCAUGUGGUUGCAGACUGACAAACGCUGAAGGCAUGAUUACGUCAUCUCCUCAGCUCUUCAAAAAACCCGGUCGAGUUCAGUGUACAUGGAGGAUUAACGUAAAGGGAAACAGACGAGUUAAACUAUGGUUUGAUGCUUUGAAGCUGGAGGGUGAUGCGAUCUUUAUCAGGGAUGGUAAUGAUUCCAGUGCUAAUCUACUAGCCAAAAUCAAAUCUGAUGACUAUGACGGUGUUAUUACAUCGACUGGAAAUAGUUUGUAUCUACAUUAUUAUCAUGACGGCAAAUGGAUCAACGGUACACGUAGAGGGUUYACUGCCUCAUAUAAAAUGGAAGCAUCCACAGCUAUGAGACUCAUUUCCACAAGACGGCAAACUUUGGGAACUGCGGAAAUCUCUUUCCUAGCCAUUUUUAUCGUCGGCAUUAUUAUCAUGGGCACCCUAUUGCUGAUAGUGUUUGUGAAACUACGACGUCAACAUGGUUAUUCAACAUCYAGCGGCAGCUCAACUACAUCAGAAUCAACAAUACGGUCAGCAGCUACACCAUUACCCCUUGAGGAGGAGGCGUUUAGCGCCGAACCUUUAAACARGGCAAAUCGUAAAAAAUCUGUUAAACCUAAAAGUGAUAGCARACGACAAAAACCAAAGCGUGAGAGACGACAUGACUUGCUAUGCGACAAACCCACUCCUCGCUGCUCAUGUGCAGCAGCUACUGAAUAUGACUCUGGUUCUGGAUCGGUCAGUGAUAAUUCGCCUCAAAAACGAAAUAGUAGUUUGUACAGGACGUUGGAAAGAACUAUAGAAGAAGAGUGUGAUUGUCCACACUGUAUUAUACAAAGAAACUAUCAUGUUCACGAACAUUUUGGAUCACCAGAAAAGAAAUACUAUGGUGACUGGAUGAUUCAAGAAACAUUCAUGGACGAACAGAGGCAUGAAAAUCGAAAUUCUUUUCCACAAUACGUUUAAAUCAGCGUAAUAUACCACUCUUUAAGGAGUAGACAAGUAGAAACUGUUAUACUUUCUGUGCAGGCUGUAAGAAGGUUGGAUAAAGUUAUCCACCGGUCAAAUCUUAUCCACUCUAUGGAUUUUAUUCGUUGGAUAAGAAUUUGCGCGCUGAAUAAUAUACAAUACAAUACUGCUAUCCCUUUUGUACAACUCUCCACAGGAAUGUUGAAAAUAGGUUUUUAACAAAAAUGUUACGGUUUCAAAAUUAGAAAUAGAAUUUGUUAGAAUUAAYGUAUAUGAAAAAUCUUACAAGUUGUAUAUAGAUUAAUAUUAGAUAGUAUGCAAUGCAGCAUUGGUCGAUUGUUAGAGGUAUCCGAAAAAAUCAAUGAAAAAGAUUAGAAGUUGUUACAUCAAAACUAAGACCCUGAGACUAUAAAUAGCUUAAAGUGAGCAAUGAUGAUAGGUAGCUUUUCAGUUAACCUUUUCUUUCUCCUGAGUAUUUUUUUCUUGGAUUUGUAAAAGUAAGGAAGAUAAAAUCCAUAUCACCAUAGAAUGUAUUUUCAACUUGCGGCAUCCCCUAUAAAAAUAUAACCAUUUGCACUUAUAAUAAUUUCUAAUGCGUUCUAUAAUUAUUUUACACCUAAUUGCAAAAGCGUUGACAUAUAAAAUCGAAAAAUGAACGGUAAAAGCAAMCAUUCAUAUUUAAAAAAGAAAAUCAUGUAAGGCUUGCUUCAUACCAAUCCGAUUUCUGUUUUCGUGCAGCGUAUCAAAUAAAAAUACAUACUUUCAUCUCUUCUUUUUUGCAAUUAAGUGUAAAUAUACAUUUUUAUGUAAAAAAGAUAUAGUUAUCUUAAUGAAGUUCUGAAGAAUAACGAGUGAUUGAAAAUUUUUACUCUAAGUUUUCAAGUUAGCUAAAAACUUUUUUUAAAGAAGUCUUGACUGAGCAUGGUUCGUGAUUAACUGUUUGUGCUUAAAUGCUUACUGAGCUUAAUAGUUGAAAUUGUGUUACCUCGAGCUUUGCCUUUGAGUUAUUAUUAAAUGUUCAGAAUUUUUAUUCGCUCGAGGACUGUUAUACUUUGUUAAAGGCCAUGUCGAGUGAAAACUAGUAGARAUUUUGUGUAGAGACAAUAGGGUAAAGUGUAAGUGGACAUGUUAGACAGUUKAUAUUGAAAAUAUAUAUCUAUAAUUAUUUAUUGACUUCAUUGAAAUAGUCAAACUCUACUACUUCUCGUUGAGAGUUCAGGAUUUCCUAAAGAAAUCGCACUGUAAAUAAAACAUGUUUGUUUAUGAAUAAAACCCAUUUUCCAAUA